AUGACUCACCACACCUCGUGCAUGACGGCAGGUGCCUACCAGGCCAAGUACCAGAGCACGUCAGCACCCGCCUCCGCCCCCACGCCAUCCACUCCUCCGCCCACCGCUCUCUCCGGCUCCGCCUCACCACUCCUCCCCCCUGCUCAUCCCGCUGCCGCUGCUGCUGCCGCUGCAGCAGCAGCAGCAGCAGCAGCAGCAGCUGGAGGGGUGAGCGCGGGGGCGGUGCGUGGCAUGGCGCCUGGGCUGCCGGCCGGGCUGCCUGGUGCGAUGGCAAUGGAGCUGCUGGAUCCGGCAGAGCUGCAGCGCCGGCAGAAGCUGCUGCAGUCUGAUGCGUGCGUGUGUGGUUGGGGUGGAGCAUGCAGGGGUGGAUGGGGGCAGUGGAUGGGAGGAGAGAGGGAGAGAGGGGAGACCUGCUUGCCAUACACACGUGGAUGCCCUACCGCCAUGCUGUUUCCAAUCUCCAUGCCGUUUCCUCCCCAUGCUGUUUGCCCUCCAUACUUUCUGCUGCACGGGGCGAGCAGCAAGCUAAGGCGGCUGCAUCAGGAGCUGGUCAUGACGGGCGCUCUCACCGAGUCCGAGUUCUGGGCCGCCAGGAAGGGGGUGGAGGAGGAGCGGAGGAAGCGCAAGCAGCGGGUGGGCGUGGCGAGUGCCAUGCUGGCAGACGUCCGAGGCGUCACUGAUGGCCGGAGCAACACCAUCACCUUCAACCUCACACCGCAGAUCAUCCAGCAGAUCUUCCUGGAGAAGCCAGCGGUGCACCGCGCCUUCAUGGAGCUCGUGCCUGGCCGGAUGACGGAGAAGGCCUUUUGGGGCAAGUACUAUCGCGCGGAGUACCUCUUUCGCACGCGCAACGUGGCGGCGGCGGAGGCGGAGGCGGCGGAUGAUGACGAGCUCGCGCUCUUCGUGAGGGACGACCCGCACCUGCACGCCCAGGCGCGCCAAAAGGUGCAGCGGGUGGACCCAACGCUCAACGUGCUGGCGGACGUCAGCGACGACUACUCCUCCCUGCUCGGCCACGGCAUUCUGAGGGAUGGGCGCAAGGAGGCACCAGCUGUGGAGGGCGAGGGCGAGGGCGAGGGCGAGAAGGAGGGCACAGCAAGGCAGGAGGGGGCAGGGGCGGGCGGGCAGUUGGGCAGGAGCAGCAGCGCUGGUGGCGCUGCUGGUGCCGGUGGUGGUGGUGGCAGCAGCGGUGUGGGGGCGGAAGGGCAGGUGCGCAUGAGGCGCACGAUAUUCCGCGACAUCAACCAGCACGCCGCUGUCGUGCUGCAGGGCCGCCUGCUCCGUGAGUGCCCCCGCCCCCCUGUGCUUGCUCCCCCGCCUCUCCCCCAUCCCCCGUCUCACACGAGUCCUCUCGCCCUCCCUCGCCCGUCUCUCCUCGUGUGCGGCCAACCAGUGCCUUGA